AUGGUCUUAACAACCAUUUCCCGCGACGAUGCUUUUGUUGCCUCAGAUAUCAAGGACAAGAUAAUCCAGGCUCCACGGCCCAAUCCGUCACUACAAGCAACAGCCGACCACAACCUCAAGCUGGUUGAAGCACCGGUAUUCGAACCUGGGCGCGGAGAAGUCUUGCUGCACAUAAGAGCUACUGGAAUCUGCGGAUCGGAUGUUCAUUUCUGGAAGUCUGGGAGAAUAGGCUCGCUCGUCUUUGAAGGAGACUGCAUCUUGGGACACGAAGCGGCUGGUGUUGUGCUCAAGUGCGGAGAGGGGGUGACAAACCUCAAGCCUGGCGACAGAGUUGCCAUCGAGCCAGGCGUUCCUUGCGGAGAAUGUUUCCUCUGCUUGGACGGCCGGUAUAACCUCUGCGAAGAUGUCAAGUUCUCUGGCGUCUAUCCGUAUCCAGGCACAAUCCAGCGGUACAAGACCCAUCCAGCCAAAUGGCUUCACAAGCUUCCGAGCAACAUCUCCUUCGCCGAGGGCGCCCUCCUCGAGCCUCUGAGCGUUGUCAUCCACGGCAUCCGAACGGCCGGCCUCAGCCUUGGUUGCGGAACAGUCAUAUGCGGUGCCGGUCCGAUUGGCCUCAUUGCUUUGGCUGCCGCAAGAGCAUCUGGCGCUCAUCCAAUCGUCAUCACAGACAUUGAGCCCAAGAGGCUGCAGUUUGCUAGGGAGUUUGUUCCCUCCUGUCGGACUUACCAAGUAGAUCCCUCCCUAAGCGCCGAGGAGAACGGGCGCAGUAUCCGGCAGCUGUUCCGGAAUACUGUUACCGGAGCUUUGCAAGACGGCAAAGAAGAGGUCCUUGAGGAGUAUUUUGCGCCACGGACGGUGCUCGAGUGCACUGGCGUAGAAAGCAGCGUGUGUACCGCAGCUUUUGCCGUGCGACGGGGAGGCACCAUUUGUGUUAUCGGGGUUGGGAAAUCGAUCAUGAACAACUUGCCCUUUAUGCACAUUUCUCUUGCCGAGAUUGAGCUCAAGUUUAUCAACAGAUACCGGGAUACGUGGCCGGCGGGAAUAGCAUGUCUGAGCGGAGGAAUCCUCGAUCUAAAGCCCCUGGUAACCCACGUCUUUCCCCUGAAGGAUGCAGUUGACGCUUUGCAUCUGGCCGCCGACGCUCGAAAUGGGAGCAUCAAGAUUCAGAUUGUAGACGAAGCUGACGAGGACCUGCUGCAAUGGAACUCGUAA